GUCACUUCUCAACAUCACUAAUUGGAAUUUAUAGUACUUAAGUCUUGGCAACUCUUAGGUGGGGGAAAUGUCUGUACCAAGAUUCCAAAAAAUAAACUUCGGGACAUAUGAUAAUUAUAUUCCAGUCAGUGAAUUAAGCAAAAAAUCAUGGAAUCAGCAACACUUCUCCCUGGCAUUUCCCAAACCACAGCGACCAGGAACAAAAAGAAGAUCAAAACCUUCCCAACUACGAGACAACACAGCUCCUGUAAUUGAUGAAGAAAAAUUAAGAAGUCGUAAACAACCAUUAUGGAUGCACCGUUCUUUAAUGAGAAUUUCUGAAAGACCAUCUGAUUAUUUAGCUGCUCGGAGGAAGCCUCCACCCAAACCAACUCCUUCCCCAAAGGGUGCUGGGGAAAAACCUUCAUCCCCAGAAGUAGGUAAGAAAGAAAAAGAUGACAAGAAAGCACAGAAGGAAAAAUCAGAUUCAGAACCAGAAUUAAAAGGUAAGCCAGAUGCAAAGAAAGACAAAGGUGCAGCUAAAGAUGAAACAGGAGCUACAAAAAAAGAUAAAAAAGGCUCAAAGAAGGACAAGGGUUCAGUCACAGAGUCUGGAGAAGAAAAAUCAGAUUCAAAGAAAGGUAAAAAGCAAUCAAAGAAAGGCAAAGAUUCGGCCACAGAGUCUGAAGGGGAAAAGCCAGAUUCAAAGAAAGAUGAUAAAAAAGGUAAAAAAGACUCAAAGAAAGGCAAGGAUUCAGCCACAGAAUCUGAAGGGGAAAAGCCAGGUUCAAAGAAAGAUGAUAAAAAAGGUAAAAAAGACUCAAAGAAGGGCAAGGAUUCAGCCACAGAAUCAGAAGGGGAAAAGCCAGAUGCAAAGAAAGAUGACAAAAAAAGUAAAAAGGAGCCCAAGAAAGGCAAGGAUUCAGCCACAGAGUCUGAAGAUGAAAAAGGAGGUCUAAAGAGAGAUGCCAAAAAAAGUAAAAAAGAGACCAAGAAGGGCAAAGACGCGCCUACAGAUUCAGAAGCUGAAAAGCCUGGUGAAAAGAAAGAUAAGGAAUCAAAGAAAGGUGAUGAAGCAAAGGACGCCAAGAAAGACGCAAAGAAAGAUACAAAGAAGAAAGACAGUAAAAAGGACAAGAAGGAUGAAAAGAAGCCUGGAGAGGCAGAGGGCGAACCAAAGGAUGACAAGAAAGGGGCAAAGAAAGAUGCUGGAGACGCAAAGAAGGAUGCAAAGAAGGGGGGGAAGAAAGAUACCAAGAAACCCAAAUAGGUCUUAUAAAUAAGGAUGCAAACUGAAGGAACAAUUCAAAAUCAUAAUCAACAAUAGAGUUUAGCGUUUGAAUCCAAAAGCAACAGUGAAAAAAGAAGGUUCAAGAAAUCAGUCAAAUCAUUUUUAAAGGACAACAAAGAAGAAGAAUACAAGGAGGACUCAGGACAAGAUAUAUAAAACAUGAGAAAGAUGUUAAGAUAUAUUAAGGGAAUUCAUUGAAGACUUUAAAGGCACUUAGGCUACCUUUGGGGAUAUGAAAUAUGUAACAAAAAUUCCUAGAAAGGAUAAACUAAGACUAAUCAAGCAAUGGUGUAGAAAAUAAUGACACCGACUCUCUGGAUGCAAAAAUAUUUAAAAAAAUCAAUAUAAGAUUUUUCAGAAAAUAUCUGAGAAGGGAUAAACUGUAUCUAUGAAAUUCAAACAAAAUCUCAAGCUGCAUCCUUAUGUUUCAAUUAAGAACUAGAGGUGUCACAAAAAGAAAUCAAAUAAUUUUCAGAAAAUUGCUUUGAAGUAAAUAUGAAUUAAACUUUCCUCAUCAAACUAAAAUGCCAUUACUACCUUGUGAGUCAAUACCUUCAUCCCUGAAAUUUAAACAAUCCUAUGUUCACAGUUUUUGAAUAUUCUACCUGCAAGACAAAUGAAAACACUUGAGAUAUUUGAAGAAGAUGGAAAUCUCAAUAAAUAAAUGAAGUUUUUAAAAAAUGUCAACGAAAAGUUUAAGGAAAGUACAGUUAUUUAUCAUACAAACAAAUUAUGGUAAUAUGAUGUUAUGUUAUAUAAUCAUUAUAACAAUCAUCAAAAGUCCAUACUUCUUCACUCAUUUCCAAAUUCAUGUAGACAAUAGUAGCCAAAUUCUUUUCUUGUGCAAAUUACCAAUAGAUCAAACUUAAAUGAUACUUAUGAAGGAACAUUUUUGCUAAAUUGAUAAAUAUUAAAGUAACCCAAAAUAACCAGAAUAUCACAGAGUAUAAAAGAAUAUCUACAUAGUAUUAUUUAGAUAUGGAAAUCUUUAGCUUCAAAUUUUUAUAACUCAAUAUAUUGAAGUCUGUUUUGAUACACAAGUCAAUAAUGUGAAGAAAAAUAAAACACAAUAGAAAGUAAAAUAAAACAUCAUUAAACUUCCCACCUAGUGGCAAUUCAUUCACUUCUAACUUAAAACAUUCUCUGUAAGAUAAACUCAACAUUAUUCCAGAAAUUACUAAUUUUCCUUCAACUUUAUCAUUUCCAGUAUAAACUCUGGAUUCAAGAUAAAGAUCGCUGGCACUAAAGAAAGAAGCCUCUAUUCCACAUAUUAUUAAAAGAAUGUAUAUAGUUAGGUGUAGUGGCUUUGACUGAUUAUUGAGCAUUGGCUCCUUUGCUUUGUGCAUAAACAACCAAGGAUCAGUGACUGUGAAACCACCUGUUUUAUCUUGAUCAGUUAUACCAGCAGAGUGUCAAAACCUGCCUCUGUUUUCUCUCUCACCUCUGGUUACUACCUUGUUCUCCCACUUACUUAUGGGAAAAACUGUAUAUGCAGUUCUUAAAAAAAAGUUUUCUUAAAACGUUGAUAUCUUUCUGAGGAUUUAGAGAACACUAAAAGUAUUCUUUUUCCUCUAUAAAGGACCAAUAAAAAUUUAUUUUUGGGACUAAAAAAUUAGAUUUUAGAAUGUAUAUUAAGAGAACAAUUGAGUUUCUACUUUUAUUUUUCUAGUGAAAUGACCUAUGGUCACCAAGAGUAUUCUUGUGGUCAUAUGCAAUGGUAGUAUUGUGUGUGUGUGUGUGUAUACCCCAGUUCUUCUGUUCAAUAUAUAUAAUUUUUCUCAGUUGUUGCAUUUAUUCUCAUGAUUUUAUAUGCCAUUCUUUGCUGUUGAAUCUUACAUAUAAGUCCAAACUUUUCCACUCAAUUCGAAAUCCAGA